GAAAACAUGUAUUUUAUGUUUGAUCUUAUUAAAACACAUAUAUAUUAAACAAUUGCUACAUUUUAUAUCAUAUUUAUCUUUUAGAGAGACACAGUAGCUCUGAAUUUAAAGCAAGAUGUUGUGGUUUGAUUAACUUUGCCUGCUCGAUGUGAAAACGCAAGGAAUAUGGUUUGGAUUGGAAUGUUAGCAAACAACUUUACUUAGUAUUUUUUUUGUGAAUGUCCUACCGGAUAAGUGUAUUAUUUGUUCACUUUCCUCGUUGUUCACCGUCCAUUUUGGCAAACUUUGCUGGGGAUUUGUAGUCGUAAACCGUCAAUACUGCAGUGCACGGUGAAGCGAUGCUGCCUCUGAAGGACAAGGACAAGGUCAUCAUUAAGAAGAUGCUGGCGGCCGGCUGCUGCGCUCGCUGCGUGCUCAGAUUCUGCUGCAUCGGCGUCCAGGCUCCCUACAAGCAACCCUGCCAGGAAACACUCAGGCAACUUCAAGCUUUUAUCAACAACACAGAAGAUAAAAGUAAUGAAUCAACAGCAAUGGAGGAAAACAACAAUUCCCACAAUGCCGCAUUGUCGGAAGAACCAGCUUGUAAAAGAGCGAAAGUGGAAGUUACGGAGGAGGCAGACGUGUGUGUGCUGUGUUUGGGCGUCCUGCAGCACCUGUGUGAUGUCACCCAGGCCACCAGCAUUGCAGAUGCAGUGAAGAAGCAAGGCUACGAAUUGGACACUUUGGUUCUGUCCAUUUCUCUUCCUGCUCAGUUGUGUGUGCGUGAGCAUUCCUGUUGGCUGCACGUGAAAGAACAAGUGAGAGCCAAGUGCGGCUUACUGUCCAAGGAUGACGUCAUCCAGGUGAAAGAGGCCUUCAAGUGGGUCAUGCAGGACUUGCUUGGCAAAGAGCUGGGGGGUGUUGCCGUGGUAACUAAGAGUGCGUUGGAGGUCAGCGUGGGUUUCAGUCACUCAGAAACAGACACGGACUGCCACUUCCUUGCGGCAACCUGUCCAGACUGCUUCAAACCCACCAAGAACAAGCAGUCCGUGUUCACCAGGAUGGCGGUGGUCAAAGCGCUGGAGAAGAUAGCAGACGCCAAAUUCCUUACACACUCACCGUGUCCGCCAUCAAGGCCGAGUAGCAUCUGCACGCCUCAGGACGUCCAGUGUGUCCACGUGUCCGUCUUUGUGGCAGGGCGGUACAACAAGUUCUGUCGCAGUCUGCCGCAGACGCCGUGGCUCAUCGACGGCGAGCGCAGGAUGGAGUCGUCGGUGGAGGAGCUGAUCGCCGCGCCCGUACUCGCCGCCUUCAGAGCGGACGGAUUUAAUUUCUCCUCGUCGGGAAGGGAAGAUGUGGACGUGCGAACACUGGGAAACGGUCGUCCCUUCGCUGUGGAGCUGCUGAACCCUCACAGGAGCCGACUGAGCCCAGACCACAUGAAGAAAGUACAGGAGAGCAUCAAUGCGUCUUCUGAGAAGAUCCGUGUGCGAGAUCUUCAGAUGGUCAGCAGAGACGCCAUGAGUCGGAUGAAGGAGGGCGAGGAGGAGAAGACCAAGUCAUACAGAGCACUGGUGUGGACACGCAAGUCCAUCCGACCAGAUGACAUAAUCUUCAUGGAUGACAUUAAGGAUCUGUCGCUGGACCAGAAGACCCCUCUAAGGGUCCUGCACCGCCGCACGCUGGCGGUUCGACAGCGAGUCAUCCACAGCAUGAGCACCCGCUUCCUGGACGCGCAUCACUUCCACCUGAGCCUGAAGACGCAGGCUGGCACAUACAUCAAGGAGUUCGUCCACGGAGACUUCGGACGCACGAAACCCAACCUGUGUCAGCUCCUCAAGACGGACACGGACAUCUUGGAAUUGGACGUGGAGUCUGUGGACGUGGACUGGCCUCCAGCCCUGCCAGACGGAAGGCAGACCACAUCGACAUAGUCCACAUGGGUCCAACUGCCUUGAGUUUUUGUUUAAGAAGUCCUCAGUUUAAUGCAAAAUAAAAUAUCUCCAUGGCAACAUGGAACACAAUAAAA